AUGGAUUUCUUUAGGAUCGUAGGGCUUGGCAACGGGAUUUUUGAGGGUGCUAAUCUCUGGUCGCCAUUCCCAGGAUACCCUGCAUUUGGAGGCCAGUUGGCCGCACAGUCCCUUGCAUCUGCAUUUUCCACGGUUGAGGAGAGCUCUAUUCCGGUUACAAUGAGCAUUCUGUUUACCAAUCGAUGUAAAUCAGAUCAAAAGGUCAGAUACAAUGUCAGGAACCUGAAAGAUGGAAGCAUUGUGGACAUGAGACAGGUGGACUGUUAUCAGAAUGAUGUUUUGAUAUCCAGUGCUCACAUUAGCUUUAGUAGGCCGGAUAACAAUACUCACGACUAUGAGGGUACUCCGUAUGAAAUAUAUGAUGAUACUUUCAUUCCAUUUUCGGAAUACAUAUCUAAGUCCAUGGCUGCCAGCUCUGAAAGCCAGGCAGAGGUUAGUGCAAAGUUUCAGAUUUUGUACGAUAAUAUGUCGAUGAUGCUCAAUGUGCUGGAUGUUGAUGUGGGUAUUGGAAAUAAGGACAUGAGACAGGUCCGUAUUAGAAUAAAAGAAAAACAGGAAGGCAUAAUACAGAAGGCUUCCCUUCUUACGUUGAUUUCAGACAUGUUCUUGGUAGAGACUGCACUUAUGGCAUCCAACCUGACAUUAUUUUCUAAGGAUCUGUCUUUGCUAACCUCUUUGAAUCAUGUAGUGAACUUUGUGAACCUAGAGAAGGAUAUUUGUGAUGGAUACUUGUAUUACGUUGUAAAAUGUAAAGGAAUAAGAAACUCAAAGGCCAUUUGUGAAGGACAACUAAUUCAUGAGGACGGAACUUUGAUAUGUUUGACAGGACAGCAAGGAGUAUUCAGAGUCAAGUCUUCUUACUCUAAGCAAUGA